AUGUUAUCCGUUGCCUAUUUCAAUGGUCAUGUCAGUUUGAGAGCACUUUGUAAAGAGGGUUGUUUGAAGGAGGUUCUGCGCAUUCUUCUAACUGCAAACAACCCUCCUGUACAUUCCUCUACAUGCAUUCAUAUAUUGCACGCCUCCUUUGCCGGAAAAACUCUUUCCAAGGGCAAGCAAAUCCACUCUUACAUCAAUGACAGCAAAUUCACUUUUGCGACAAACCCAGUUUUACAAAACACACUUAUCAACAUGUAUGACAAGUGCGGAAGCUUGGUGGAUGCUCGUAGAGCCUUUGACAACAUGUCUGAACCAGAUGUCUUGUCAUGGAAUAUGAUAAUUGCAGCUUACAGAAGGCACGGGCUUAUUCAGCAAGCAUUAACUCUGUUUCAUAAAAUGCAACGAACAGACAUACAACCUGAUCACUUCACCUUCUCUACUAUUCUCCCUGUAUGUGCCAAUCCGGCGUCUCUAAAUCAUGGUUUGGAGAUUCAUGGAAAAAUCAUUAGAUGUGGAUGUCAAUCUGAUGUUAUUGUGACGAAUACCUUGAUUGACAUGUAUGCGAAAUGUCAGAGAGUAGAGACAGCCCAUGAACUGUUUGACAAAAUGCCUGACCGAGAUGUGGUCUCAUGGACUGCGAUCCUUGCUGGAUAUGCACGGAAUGGACUUUUUGAAAAAGCCUUGCAGAGUUUCAAGCAAAUGCAGUUGGCUGGUGUAAAGCCGAACUCGGCAACGUUUGCUACCAUGCUACCAGCGUGCUCCAAAAUUGGAGACUUGGAACAGGGUAUAGAGAUUCAUCAAGUAAUAGUCGAAAGUGGUUUUUCGUCAGAUGUUGUUGUUUCGAAUGCGCUGAUAGACAUGUAUGCGAAAUGUGGAAUCAUACAGAAGUCACGCGCUGUGUUUGAUAAAAUGCAUAAUGCAGAUGUUGUGUCAUGGACUGCUAUGAUUACAGGAUAUACUCAAAGUGGUGUUCUUGACGAGGCUUUGAUGCUUUUUGAAGAAAUGCCUCAAAGAAAUGUGGUUUCGUGGACUGCAAUCAUUGGUGGUUAUGCACAAAAUGGGUUUGUCGAUAAAUCCUUUGAGAUUUUCGAGCAAAUGCAAUCAUCAGGUGUUAAGCCAAACUCGGCAACCUUUGCUAGCAUUCUCCCAGCAUUUGCCAAAGUGGGAGAUUUGCAACAUGGCAUGGAAGUCCAUCAAAAAAUAGUUGAGAGUGGAUUGUUGUCAGAUGCUACAGCUGUAACUACCCUGAUAGACUUUUAUGCUAAACGUGGAAGCAUAGACAAGGCACAUGAGCUGUUUGACAAUAUGUCUGAAAGGAAUGUGGUCUCGUCGACUGCAAUUGUUGCUGGAUAUGCACAAAAUGGACUCGUUGAACAAGCUUUGGAAAUUUUUAAGGAAAUGCUUUCAGCAGGUGUGAAGCCAAACUCAGCAACUCUUGCCACUAUUCUCCCUGUGUGUGCCAAAAUGCGAUCUUUGGAAUAUGGUAUGGAAAUCCAUCAAAUAAUAAUAGAAUGUGAAUUUUUGUCACACGUUGUAGUUGUUACUUCUCUGAUAGACAUGUAUGCAAAAUGUGGAAGUAUACACAAGUCACGUAAGUUGUUUGAAAAAAUACCCCAACGAGAUGUGGCCUCAUGGACAGCAAUCAUUGCUGGAUAUGCACAAAUUGGGUUAGUUGAGGAGGCCUUGGAAAUUUUAAAGCAAAUGCAAUUGGCAGGUAUAAAGCCAAACUCAUCAGUCUUUGCCAGCAUCCUUUCAGCUUGUGUGAAACACGGAGUUAUGGAAAUAGGUAUGGAAAUCCAUCGAAGAACAAUUGAAAGUGGGUAUUCGACAGAUGUUGUAAUUGCAACUAGUCUGAUAGACAUGUAUGCAAAUUUUGGAUAUGUAAAUAAGGCAUGCAAGUUGUUUGAAGAAAUGCCAGAACGAAAUUUGGCCUCAUGGAAUGCAAUGAUCUAG